AUGACUGUGGGACAGCAGCUGGCUUUGGGGGCGGGUAUAAAAGGCAGCCCAAGGCCCUGCUCUCUCAUCCCCUUCUCCUGCCUCCUUCUGCUUGGGAGCCAGGUGCACCUCCAGCCCAGAGACAUGUCCUGCUACAACCAGUGCCUGCCAUGCCGGCCCUGCGGCCCCACCCCGCUGGCCAACAGCUGCAAUGAGCCCUGUGUCAGGCAGUGCCAGAGCUCCACUGUCGCCAUCGAGCCUCCUGCUGUGGUGGUGACCCUGCCCGGCCCCAUCCUCAGCUCCUUCCCACAGAACACCGUGGUGGGCUCCUCCACCUCCGCUGCCGUUGGCAGCAUCCUCAGCUGUGACGGAGUGCCCAUCAACUCUGGGUGCUGUGACCUCUCUGGCAUUUCCAGCCGCUACUAUGGCAGAAGGUUCCUCUCCUGA